AUGGCAGCCUCCAGAAAGGCACCGCGAGUAAGGGCAAACUACCAGGAUUUUCAGCUGAAAAAUCUAAGAAUAAUUGAACCUAACGAGGCGACACACUCAGGAGACCCAGGUGUAGAAACAGACAGCAGAAUGGCUCCAAAGGUAACUUCGGAGCUGCUUCGGCAGCUGAGACAAGCCAUGAGGAACCUGGAGUAUGUGACAGAACCAAUCCAGGCCUACAUCAUCCCGUCGGGAGAUGCCCACCAGAGUGAGUACAUUGCUCCGUGUGACUGUCGGCGGGCCUUUGUCUCUGGAUUUGAUGGCUCUGCAGGCACAGCCAUCAUCACAGAAGAACACGCGGCCAUGUGGACUGAUGGGCGCUACUUCCUCCAGGCUGCCAAGCAGAUGGACAGCAACUGGACGCUCAUGAAGAUGGGUCUGAAGGACACACCAACUCAGGAAGACUGGCUGGUGAGCGUGCUUCCUGAAGGAUCCAGGGUGGGUGUGGACCCACUGAUCAUUCCUACAGAUUACUGGAAGAAGAUGGCCAAGGUUCUGAGAAGCGCUGGCCACCACCUCAUUCCUGUCAAGGAGAACCUUGUGGACAAGAUCUGGACAGACCGGCCUGAGCGUCCGUGCAAGCCCCUCAUCACACUGGGCCUGGAUUACACAGGCAUCUCCUGGAAGGACAAAGUUGUAGAUCUUCGGUUGAAAAUGGCCGAGAGGAACGUCGUGUGGUUUGUGGUCACUGCCCUGGAUGAGAUUGCAUGGCUGUUCAAUCUCCGAGGAGCAGAUGUGGAGCACAAUCCAGUAUUUUUCUCCUAUGCAAUCAUAGGACUAGAGACCAUCAUGCUCUUCAUUGAUGGCGACCGCACAGAUGCCCCCAGUGUGAAGGAGCACCUGCUGCUUGACUUGGGCCUGGAAGCUGAAUACAGAAUCCAGGUGCUUCCCUACAAGUCCAUCCUGAGCGAGCUCAAGACCCUGUGCGCCAGCCUAUCCCCGAGGGAGAAGGUGUGGGUCAGCGACAAGGCCAGCUAUGCCGUGAGUGAGGCCAUCCCCAAGGAUCAUCGCUGCUGUAUGCCUUACACCCCCAUCUGCAUCGCCAAAGCUGUGAAGAAUUCUGCUGAAUCAGAAGGCAUGAGGAGAGCUCACAUUAAAGAUGCUGUUGCCCUCUGUGAACUCUUUAACUGGCUGGAGAAAGAGGUGCCCAAAGGUGGCGUGACGGAGAUCUCAGCUGCUGACAAAGCUGAGGAAUUCCGCAGGCAGCAGGCUGACUUUGUGGACCUGAGCUUCCCAACAAUUUCCAGUACGGGACCCAACGGCGCCAUCAUUCACUACGCGCCGGUCCCUGAGACGAAUAGGACCUUGUCUCUGGAUGAGGUGUACCUCAUUGACUCGGGUGCUCAAUACAAGGAUGGAACCACAGAUGUGACUCGUACCAUGCAUUUUGGAACCCCUACUGCCUAUGAGAAGGAAUGCUUCACAUGUGUCCUCAAGGGCCACAUAGCUGUGAGUGCAGCUGUUUUCCCGACUGGAACCAAAGGCCACCUUCUUGACUCCUUUGCCCGCUCAGCUUUAUGGGAUUCUGGCCUGGAUUACCUGCACGGGACGGGACACGGUGUUGGGUCUUUUCUGAAUGUUCAUGAGGGUCCUUGUGGCAUCAGUUAUAAAACAUUCUCUGAUGAGCCCUUGGAGGCCGGCAUGAUUGUCACUGAUGAGCCAGGGUAUUAUGAAGACGGGGCUUUUGGAAUUCGCAUUGAGAAUGUUGUCCUGGUGGUGCCUGUGAAGACCAAGUAUAACUUCAGUAACCGGGGAAGCCUGACCUUUGAUCCUCUAACUUUGGUUCCGAUACAGACCAAAAUGAUAGAUGUGGAUUCUCUUACAGACAAAGAGUGCGACUGGCUCAACAACUACCACCUGACCUGCAGGGACGUGAUCGGGAAAGAACUGCAAAAACAGGGCCGCCAGGAAGCCCUGGAGUGGCUCAUCAGAGAGACGCAGCCCAUCUCCAAACAGCAUUAA